AUCAAAAAUAAAAUGAAGAGAGAUCUGUUGAGAGUUGUUUCUAUGAUUGUGAUGUAUUUUAAUGCUGCAAUGGCAGGCGUACUGCCUUCGCCUACAUGUGACAUAUCGCCAACAAUGGAAGACAUUAUACAUAUAAGAGAAAUAUUUGACGCAAUGCGCUCUUCAGUUCAACAGCAAGAUAAAUAUAUACAUUUGCAGAUGCUAAAGACAUCUUCAAUGCAGUCCAUUCCUCCAUCAGAACGAUGCUGUUUCCUGAAACACAUUAUCCAUUUUUACGUGAAUAAAGUCUUCAUACACUCUGAUAAAUUGGACACGCUGCACCAUAUCACUGCCAGCAAGAUCACAAAUUUAUUUUGUGCACUCAGAAAUCCAAAACCUUGUCAAUUUAACAUCGAUUGUAGCUGUGGGGACAUCACAAUGCAUGAACUGAAAUCUACCAAAGACAUUUUUGAAAAGUUGGCUCUUAAAAAAGCAAUAAUAAAAGCUUUUGGGGAGCUGGACAUUCUAAUAGACUGGAUGAAAAUGCUGUUUUAGGAAUUCCUUUUUGCCACUAUGAAGAUCGAUCCUGUGGAUAAAAUAUUCUGGAUGAAGAACAGUGAGUGACCAUCCAGAAUCCUGUCAUGCCUUACAGUAGCCCUAUGGCGCUUCCAAACCAACAGUUAUUAUGUUCUAGAGGCCUUUUAGACUGUAAGCUUGUAUGGGCAAGGCCAUCUUUAUUUUAUGUUGUUCUGUUUCAUGUCAUUAUAUGUUAUUUAUUUGAAUACCAAUUUACAGCACUGAGUAGCAUGUUGGUGCUAUAAAUAUGAAUAUAAAUAUACAGUAUAAUAGGUAAUAGUUGCUGCUUUAUGUUGCAUCUCAAGCCAUAUGUAUCUCUGACACCUGAAAUUAGCUUAUUGAACAAAUGCAUCUGCAGACUUUGACAGUAGUAUAUCCAAAUGGUUGCUAUUGGUUACAACAUGUGUUAUUGCAACAUGUUUUUAUAUACGUCCUUCCUUAUAUGCUAGUACAUUAUAGUAUCUAAGUAGAUUAUUUUACUUUUAGUAUGGAAAUACCCUCCAGAUAUGCAGUUGUCUAACACAGUACUUAUGUCCAUCUAUGCAAUGAUGUUUCACAAUUCCUCACUGGGUUUCCUCAUUAUAACUGCUGCCCACGGUUUACUGGCAAUCAUUCAUUUCACAAUGGUCUAAAGGGAGAUAUAUGAUC